UAGAUGAUUACUGUUUGUGUAGGUAUAAAAUUAUCUGUAUUGUCAUUCAUGGAAGCAUCGGUAGUGAGUUCCUAUCAUUAUCCAUUUUAAAAAUUGAAGAUAUUAGAAAAUUGGGUAGCCAAAUCUUUGUUUAUGUUUUAAGGAGUAAUAACCGUCAGUAUAUUAUUACAUCGACCAUGGCUUAAAAAAUCUCAAGCUUAAAUGAGUUUCCAGCUACUCGGCAGCAGUCCCGGCGCACAACCAACGCCGCCGUCUCAUGCCACAAGGGCCCACAUCCCCCCAGCCCAUGCCUACACUCACCCAAACCCCGCUACCGACCUCGACGGCUGCGCUUCCCUGAAAGAGCUCCGCCAAAUUCUCCCCGGCGCGAUCAAGAACGGCCUCCACAACGACAGCCGCCUCUUCCGAGCUAAGCUGGUCACCCUCUUCUCCAAAUUCGGCAGCUUGAAUGAGGCCGCCGGAGUCUUCGAAUCCGCUGCCUCAAAAUCUGAUGCUCUGUACCACGCUAUGCUCAAAGGGUACGCCAAUCACUCCUCUUUGGAGUCCUGUUUCUCGUUCUUCUCUCGCAUGAGGUCGGACCAUGUCACCCCCCUUGUUCUUGACUAUGUUUAUUUGCUGAAGGCCUGUGCGGAUAGAUCGGAUAUCCGGAAGGGCAGACAGAUACACGGGCAGUUGAUACUGAAUGGGUUCUCGAGCAAUCUGUUUGCCAUGACCGGUGCAGUUAAUCUCUAUGCCAAAUGCAGGAUGGUGGAAGAUGCGCACAAGCUGUUCGAGAGAAUGCCUGAAAGGGACUUGGUGGCUUGGAACGCCGUUAUUUCUGGGUUUGCACAGAACGGGAUGCCUAAGAGAUCGUUGGAAUUGGUUUUGAAGAUGCAAAGGGAAACAUUUCAUAGGCCUGAUUCGGUUACUGUUGUUUCGAUUUUGCCUGCCUGCACUGCUAUUGGAUCCUUGAGGGCUGGGAAAUCAAUACAUUGCUAUGUUAUAAGAAAUGGGUUGGAAUCUUUUGUUAAUGUUUCAACUGCUCUGGUGGAUAUGUAUGCAAAAUGCGACUCGCUGGGCGCUGCAAGGUUGGUUUUUGACAAGAUGGAGUUCAGGACAGUUGUUUCAUGGAAUGCCAUGAUUGAUGGGUAUGCACAGAGUGGGAAUUCGGACGAAGCUCUGAUGUUGUUCGAAAAGAUGCUGAAUGAAGGAUUAAAACCAACCAAUGUCACUGUCAUGUCGGCUCUACACGCGUGUGCUGAACUGGGGAAUCUUGUGUUUGGGAGACGCAUUCAUGAAAUGAUUGAUCAAUUGAAACUUUUUUCAGAUGUUUUGAUCGUUAAUUCCUUAAUCUCAAUGUAUAGUAAAUGCAAAAGAGCCGACAUUGCUUCCCGGCUGUUUCAGACUUUUAGCAGAAAGACACUUGUGACUUGGAAUGCUAUGAUUUUGGGCCUUGCACAAAAUGGACAAGUAAUGGAAGCCAUGAGUCUCUUCUGCAAAAUGCAACUGCAGAGCAUCAAACCCGAUUCGUUCACUCUGGUUAGUGUGGCCACAGCACUUGCUGAAUUAUCAGUGUUACGCCAAGCCAAGUGGAUCCACGGACUUGCCAUAAGGACUUGUAUGGACAGAAAUAAGUUUGUGAUAACUGCCCUUGUGGACAUGUACGCAAAAUGUGGAGCAGUUCACACUGCAAGAAAGCUCUUUGACAUGAUGGAUAAUGACAGGGAAGUAAUAACUUGGAAUGCUAUUAUUGAUGGGUAUGGAACACACGGUUUUGGAAAGGAAGCUAUUGAAUUGUUUGAGGAAAUGCGCAAACACUCCACAAGGCCUAAUGACAUCACCUUCUUAUGCAUCAUCUCGGCUUGCAGCCACUCGGGCUUUGUAGAGAAGGGGAAACACUACUUCAAAGUCAUGAAGGAAGAAUACGGUUUGAACCCCUUAAUGGACCACUACGGUGCCAUGGUUGACCUUCUCGGUCGUGCGGGCCAUCUUGAUGAAGCUUGGGAUUUCAUCAAAGAAAUGCCCGUUAAGCCCGCGGUCAAUGUCUUUGGGGCAAUGUUGGGUGCUUGCAAGAUCCACAAGAACGUUGAGUUGGGGGAGGAAGUUGCAGACAAAUUGUUUGAGCUAGAGCCUGAUGAUGGUGGAUACUAUGUCCUCCUUGCUAACAUAUACGCCUCAGCUUCACUAUGGAACAAAGUGGCUAAAGUCAGAAUUUUGAUGGAAAAGAAAGGGAUUCGAAAAACCCCCGGAUGUAGUUUGGUGGAUUUGAGAAACGAGGUGCAUUCGUUCUACUCGGGUAGCACAACCCACCCACAGUCAAAACAAAUCUAUGCAUACCUUGAAACUCUGAUGGAGAGGAUCAAAGCUGCUGGGUAUACACCCAAUAGAGAUUCAAUUCAUGAUGUGGAAGAUGAUGUCCAUGAGCAGCUGGUCAAUACCCAUAGUGAGAAACUGGCCAUUGCAUUUGGACUUUUGAACACUAGUCACGGUACAACUAUCAAUAUCAGGAAAAAUCUUCGGGUUUGUGGUGAUUGUCAUACCGCAACGAAAUUCAUUUCUCUCGUGACCCAGAGAGAAAUAAUUGUGCGCGACAUGCACCGGUUCCACCACUUCAAGAACGGAACCUGCUCAUGUGGGGAUUAUUGGUGAUGAUCUCCUCCCAUGUAUGGCAGGUACCAUCUGCCACAUUGUGAGAUUAUGGGUUCUGUUAAAAUAUACUCUUACAACUUAUAUUAUGGAGUAUCAAUUAUGACAUGUUUAUGCAUAUACCUUUGAUUCUUGGCAAUCUUUAUCACUUUCAAUACAAAGUAAGUUAAUAAAGGACUGGCCUUGGA